AUGAUGUCGGCCCACACAGUGAAAAGGAGGAGGCUCAGCCCCUCCCCUACAAAUUCCAAUUCUCCAGCUCAGUCGCAAAUCUCCAAUACGACCCCAACGAGCUCGAAAGAAGAGACUCCCAAAACAACUCAAUCCGUUGCGCGCAAGGAUGACCCUUUGGCCAAGAGUCACCAAGGGCGCAGAGGGAAUGAAGAUGGAUCUGCAGAGCUGGCCAUGGCUAGUGGCUUCUACAAGUCUAGCUUUUUCAAGUUGCAGAUGGACGAGUUGCUGACCGGACUGAGACCGAAUUACGAAAAGCAAAUUUCAAAGCUUCAGGAUACUCUGCACAAGUUGAAGGAUACAAUCGAAAAUCUACCCGACAAAGAAUCGAAAUCUGUGGCCGAGGCCGAGAAGGAGCUGCGCACAGUCUCCGAGAUCGUGAUUCCGUGGCCUGAGCCCCGACCGGCCAAGGACGCCAAAUACACCAUGUCGUACGCGAAGCCCGCAAAUAUCAAUGUGGUGGGUAGUGUCAUUUUGAAAACGGGAGCCAAGACAACAGAGUCUCGACCGGUCGAUUUGGCUGUGACGAUGCCCAGCUCCAUCUUUCAGGAUAAGGACUAUGUCAACCAUCGCUAUUUCCAUAAGAGAGCAUACUAUAUUGCUUGCCUCGCCGCUGGAAUACAGAAACAAAUGGAUGCUUUGGGACUGGAUGUCAAAUUUGGAUUUCAGGACGGUGACAGUCUUCGUCCUCUGAUUCUAUUGGAGCCUCGUCCAACCUCAAAAAAUGACCCGACUCCCCAGCCGCCGAUUAUUCGAAUCCUGACUGCCAUUGAACCAACUCUAUUCCCAAUUACCCGGACACUCCCGAUAAGAAGUAACAUCCGACAAGGCUCAAAGGACCAAUCAGAAGCAGGUGAAGCAGGUGAACCCACUCCAUAUUACAAUGCCAGCCUGCGCUCCGAGGCCGCCGUCUCCCUUUACCACAAAUACCUCCAUUCAACCGCUCAGAAGUGCGAAUCGUUCCGCGAUGCUUGUGUCUUGGGGCGCACUUGGCUACAGCAACGUGGCUUGCAUACCUCUUUUCAAAGCGGAGGAUUUGGAGGCUUUGAAUGGACAGCACUCGUCUCCCUCUUAUUUGAGGGUGGCGGCCCAAGCGGUCAACCGAUUCUUUUGCGGUCGUAUAGUAGCUAUCAGAUAUUCAAAGCUACCAUGCAGUUUCUGGCUGGAAGGGAUUUGACAACUCCCUUGCUUCUUUUCGCAAGCAACGUUCCCGUUCCUGAUGGGGGUCCUGUCUUGUAUGAUGGCCGGAGAGGGCUGAAUAUUCUGUACAAGAUGACUGUUUGGUCUUACGCAGCGCUUCGACACGAUGCAUCAAUCACCCUCAAGAUGCUUAAUGAAUCUCGCGAAGAUAACUUUGACCGAGUCUUCAUCGUUAAGGUUGACGAACCGGCGUUGCGGUUCGAUCGCCUCAUCUCAUUCCCCAAGGCAUUCAACGGCGAUACCCUCCGUGCUCUUCGCGAGCAGAACAAUUUAUACACCACACUCUCCAAGGCUCUUGGAGACCGUGUUAAGCUUAUCUCUCUUACGAGCCAAAGUGCCGAAUCUUGGUCCACCCGAGCGAAGGCCCUGACCAAGAAAGCGAGCCAUAGCCUAUCCGUGGGACUUCUACUCGAUGCAGAUAACGUUGGUCGGGUGGUUGAUCACGGCCCUGCCGCAGAGGAGAAAGAAGAGGCAGCCUCGUUCCGGGAGUUCUGGGGUAAUAAGUCAGAGCUUCGGCGAUUUAAGGAUGGUAGUAUCUUGGAGAGUCUGGUUUGGUCUGACCAGCCAUCUGAGGACUCCAUUGUGCUCCAGAUCUUGACUUACGUAUUCCAGCGGCACUUUCAGAUCGCUGAGGAGGACUUUUCUUUCACUGGAGAUGAAUAUGACGAUUUGCUCCUAGACGAAGGUGAUGGUAUCUUGGCGUAUUCCAGCGCUCCUUUUCAAUCCAUCAAAGAAGCUUUCGGUGACCUUGAGAGAUCAAUUGGAAACAUGGAGGAAGUCCCAUUGACCAUUCGGCAUCUAGCGCCGGCUAGUCCAUUGCUGCGGUACACUGCGCUUCGAGUGCAGACUCCAGGUGGAGCUCAAGAAUCGGCAGAUAUUGUCCUUCAGUUCGAAAGCUCUUCACGAUGGCCCGAUGACUUCGCAGCAAUCCAGAUGACCAAAGCCGCCUUCUUGUUGAAGAUCGGUGACUCUUUAGAGUCAUCGGGUGCCGCUUCAUCCUGCCGGGUUGGCCUGGAAAACGAAUCCAGCAAGGUACUGAACAAUGUGUACCUGGACAUUUCCCAUACUUCCGGUUUCCUUUUCCGCCUCAGAAUCCACCAUGAUCGCGAGCAAACACUUCUUGAACGUCAAUUAAAAGACAAAAGCGUCAACCCCCGAGAGCGGGAAGAAAUUGCGUACGCUCUUUUCACAUACAAGCGGCUGUUUCUACAAGCUCCACGUCUGACCCAAGCAUUGCGAAGUCUCUGUACUCGCCUUCCCUUGCUGUCACCUACAGUCCGCUUGGUCAAACAUUGGUUCAAUUCUCAUCUCUUCUCGGCCCAGGUCUGCGAUGAGUUGAUUGAGCUACUGACGGUUCGGGCUUUUACGCAACCUUAUCCUUGGGACUGUCCUUCGAGUGUCAUGACUGGGUUCUUGCGCACUCUCCACUUCCUCUCUCGCUGGGAUUGGCAACAAGAGCCGUUCAUCGUUGACCUGAGUGGAGAUCUGACCCCGGAGAUUACCGAGACCAUUCGCACCCGAUUCAAUGCCUGGCGCAACAUUGACCCUGCAAUGAAUACUGUUGCCCUGUUUGUCGCAUCUGACAUUGAUACCGACGGCGUGACCUGGACCCAGUAUGAAAUGCCCUCGAAGGUCGUUGCUGGCCGGAUCUCGGCCCUAGCGAAGGCAGCAGUCAGCUUACUCCGAAAGGAGAGCCACGACCUCGAAGUAUCAGACCUCUUCCAGACGUCACUUGCCCCUUACGACUUUGUUAUAAAUCUGCGUCCGAAAUUCUCAGGCGAUCGGUCCGCCUCAGUUUCCAAAUAUAAGAAUUUGGUUGAAGGGGCCUCCAAUCAGCCCGGCGCGCUGGCGAUUGUGAAGUCAUUUGUGCAUGAUGUUCAGGCAUGCUACGGCCAAAGCGUCCUUCUCUUCCAUGGAGAUGAGCGGUGUGGCGUCAUUGCCGGUCUAUGGAAUCCGCAAACACUGAAGCCACGGAAUUGGAGCUUGAAGACGGCCUACUCGACAGCCCCAGCUGGCUCCAAGGAGGGUGCCGACCGCGUCACAAUCAACCAGCAGGCCAUCUUAAAUGAGAUUAUCCGGCUGGGGGAAGGUCUUAUUGAUACCGUUGACGCAGGCGAUUUGAAAGCAUAG